AUGCUGGAGGAGGCAGGCGAGGUGCUGGAGUCGGUGCUGAAGGCCUCAUGCCUGCCGCUCAGCUUCCUGCUCUUCGUGCCCGCCGUGCUUCUGCUCCUGGGCCCGCCGCCCGCCGCCGAGGCCGCCCACGAGUUCACGGUCUACCGCAUGCAGCAGUACGAGCUGGGCGGGCAGCCCUACGGCACCAGGAGCGCAGUGCUUAACACAGAAGCCCGCACUGUAGAAGCGGACGUCCUGAGCCGCCGCUGCGUCAUGAUGCGGCUGGUGGAUUUCUCCUAUGAGCAGUACCAGAAGGCUCUCCGCCAGUCAGCUGGUGCUGUGGUGAUCAUCUUGCCGCGAUCUAUCUCUUCUGUCCCACAGGAUGUUGUAAGGCAAUUCAUGGAGAUAGAGCCGGAAAUGCUUGCUAUGGAAACCAUUGUGCCAGUCUACUUUGCAGUGGAAGAUGAAGAGCUGCUGUCUAUCUAUGAACAAACGCGGGCUGCUUCUGCAUCGCAGGGUUCUGCCUCAGCUGCGGAAGUUCUGCUGCACACAGCAACUGCCAAUGGCUUCCAGAUGGUGACCAGUGGGGCUCAAAGCAAAGCUGUCAAUGACUGGCUCAUACCCAGCGUGGAGGGAAGGCUAACGGGGCUGGGUGGAGAAGACCUGCCCACUGUUGUGAUAGUUGCCCACUAUGAUUCUUUUGGAGUGGCUCCAUGGCUGUCGCAUGGUGCUGACUCCAACGGCAGUGGUAUCUCAGUGCUACUGGAACUAGCCAGGCUGUUUUCCCGGCUCUACACCUACAGACGUACCCAUGCUGGGUAUAACUUGCUGUUCUUUGCAUCUGGAGGUGGCAAGUUUAAUUAUCAAGGAACCAAGCGGUGGCUGGAAGACAAUUUGGACCACACUGAUUCCAGCCUGCUGCAGGACAACGUAGCAUUUGUUCUCUGCCUUGAUACUCUGGGCCGAGGCAAUAGCCUUCACCUCCAUGUCUCAAAGCCUCCCAAAGAGGGGACCUUGCAGCAUGCGUUUCUGAGAGAACUGGAGAUGGUUGUUGCCAGCCAGUUCCCAGAGGUGAAGUUUUCCAUGGUGCACAAGAAGAUAAACUUGGCUGAGGACAUGCUGGCAUGGGAGCAUGAGCGUUUUGCAAUCCGACGCUUGCCAGCAUUCACCAUCUCCCAUCUGGAGAGCCACCGGGACAGCCUGCGCAACAGCAUCAUGGAUAGGAGGGCACGAAUAGACACUAAGGCACUAACCAGAAAUACUAGGAUCAUUGCUGAGGCUUUGACAAGGGUCAUCUACAACCUAACAGACAAGGGAGCACCUGCAGAUCUGCAGAUCUUCACGGAUCAGAUGCAGAUCCAGCAGGAGCAACUAGAGUCAGUGAUGGACUGGCUGAGCAGUCAGCCCAGGGCUGCCCAGCUGAUUGAUAAAGACAGCACCUUCCUCAACACCUUAGAAUAUUAUAUGGGUCGCUACCUGAAGGAUGUCAAACAGCAUCAUGUAAAGGCAGACAAACGGGACCCUGAAUUUGUUUUCUAUGACCAGCUGAAACAGGUGAUGAAUGCAUACAGGGUCAAGCCAGCAAUCUUUGACCUACUUCUGGCUGUCUGUAUCGCAGCCUACCUUGGUGUUGCCUAUGUUGCAGUGCAGCACUUUGGUCUCCUUUACAAGAUGAUACAGAGAUUAUCCCUUAAAACCAAGCAGCAGUGAAGCAACGAGUCAUCACCCAUACAGCAGCACUGAGCCAUUGGUGAGCCCAUCAGGAACCUUCUGCCUUCCAUUGAAUCCUGCUGUUUCUCUUCCUCUGUCUCCUCUUUGCUACUCUAUAGAGGGGAGGAAGGCAGAAAGAAAAUGAAAUUUUAACUCUUGUGCACCUUUUAAGUGCUUUUCUUCACCUUCUUCCCCUGACUUGCACCAUGUCUGUUUUCCUUUGCUUUUUGGCGAGGGAGAGGCUCGGAGACUUCAGUAGUUCCUGCAGGUUGUUUAAACACUGAACGGCUGAUUCUGAGCAGCUUCUAUGAGUGUAAAACCAAGUCCAGCACCUUCAUGGACACAUAUGCCAUACAGCCAACUUGGAAACUGAAACUACAGAGUAGAGUGACGUGUUAUCUCUGCCCAGCAAACAAGGACUCAGAGCAGUUGUUUAAAAGAAAAAAAAAAAGUGCACACGCAAAUUAAAGAGAAUACUAUUAGCAUGUUUUCUUAUGGCACCUCUUCCUUAAGUUCACUGCCUGGCUUUAGGAACGUGUGCUGAGCAAGCAGUGUCUGCAGCAAGCAUCUUCCUGCAUUUUGUUUAGACUGUGCAAUAACUCAUUCCCUUAUAGGAGAUGCACUGUAAACGAUCUUGACUGUUACUGACAGAAUGAGGAAAGAUUGUUAAAACGGGUUCCUUGCAUUAGGGUUCUUACCAGGACAGGUUCUCUCCUGUCUCUAUUGGAGGAUGCAUUUUGCUGUGUACUUGAUUUCUCUUAAAGUUUAUGGUCCUUGAACAGUUCAUGGCUGCCACCGCUCUGUGCUAAACUCGUGCUUGGUUUUUAAGGGGUGUUCUACAGUCCCAACUGCUGCAGGAUCGUCUUCUGUGCUGUUCCAUGUAUUUAAACGAGCUGGUUAUAUUAAUAGCAAGAGCAGUCCAGCUCCUGCUGAGCUCUGGUCUGUAAUCCCUUCAAUCUUCAUUCCUCAGUUUUCACUUCCAGAUGGGUUCUGGAUUUUGGGGUGUUUUCCCAUGUUCAACUGCAUCUCAGGGUCUCAUUUCACAUUUUUCACCUCUGUUAUUUCUGGAAACACUGUUCCUGGCCUGCACGUAUGAGCAAAGUGCUUGUUGCUGUCCUUUCAUGUGCUGCCCCCAGUAUGUAUGAAGGGAGGCAGGUCACUUAGCCAUUAAAAAGCAAAACAAAACAAAAAAUGAAGUUUUAUGAAUGUCAUUUUAAACAUGGCUGUUUCUAGAACUGUACCUAAGAGAGUGUAUCUUCGAACACACUCUCUGUUACUUUUAUCCUUGAGCAAGCCUUAUUUUUAGUUUGCUGAUGCUUCUGGAUGGAGAGCACUAUGUAGUUGCCCAAAGUAGUUGCCAGUGCUGGACAAAGACCAGGAGGGCCGGGUAACCAGUUGCUCAAGCAUUGUCAUCAUCUUAAGUUUAAGUCUUUCCUGAAUUCCACCAUCCAAGGUAAGCAGGAUACUUGUCACCACUUUCUGGUGAGAGCUGAAUGCCCUUUCUGGGCAGUGUUGCACUUUGUUUACCCUCAAGUUUUUCUGGAAAAUAUGUCAAGAUACUGAGUACAAGUCCUAGGCUAGUUGUAGUUCUAGAAGAUGUCCUGAUUGAAUACUACUGUCCUGCCACUCAACAAUAUUUGAGUCCUUUCUGUAAUUUGUUCUAUGCCCAUGAGGUCUCUUCACAGGCCACGGUGACUACCUUUUUUUUAAAAUGACUACUUGUAUUUAAAAUAGCUUCUUUUACAGAGGCUGAAAAGCUCUUGUGGGUUUGAAUGAAGGUCUACCCUUUUUUUGUAUGCAAGGAAAAUUCAAGCCGUGCAGCCUUGUCUGCACCACAGCUGCUGUGCAUGCACUUGUUAGAAAAGGGGUUGUUGCGGCCAGUCACUGUCCUUGUCGUUUGGAUGGGGACCAAAGCACUGAUGUCCAUCAAUCUUGGUUUGUUUCACUGUAGUCUCCUUCAUGGAGUACCCUUGCCCCAUGCUGUGUGCUUUCUGCCACUUUAAAUGUGUAGCAACUUGUUCUUUAAAGAGUCUUUUCUUUUCCAGGAGAGCACGCUGAUGUCAGUGGCUCACUGUAGUAUCAGCAGGUGGCAUGGUACCAAGCACUCCUGAAAUAUCAGCCCUACAGGGAAACUUGCCUUUUUCUGAUCUUUUGAGUGCUUAUUUAAAAUAUGUCUCUGCAUGCAUGAAGUGUUCGUGACACUCCUCUGCCAAAUGAAAUUAUAAUGACUUCAGAAAUUGCUGGAGUAGCUGGAAGACGAGCCUUGAUUGUUUUCCACUGGCUUUUAUGCUCUGCCCUUAGAGACUACAUAUGUUGUGCUAUGGGAAGGUGCAUGCUCUGGACUGUGUAGGUUCAGAACAUGCACGGUACAGUGGCUAUCUGAAGAACUUCUCUGUAGGUUCUGAAUAUCUGGAAGUAGUUUCAGAGGCCUCCAGCUGCAUCAUACAUUUCUAGUGUGUUACACUUGGAGAGCAGAUUACUUAACCAGGCUUAAUGAAACUCCAUUACUUCACUGAGAAAAAUAGAAAAACCAAAAUUACUAGCAAUCCUGCUGCAGUUUGACUUGAUGAAUAUAAAAUUUGCAAGUUGUGGGCAAGAGAGAACAGAACAGGCCCGGAGCAUUCUUCCUUGCAGUGGAGACUGUCAACCUUUGGUCUUCCAGAUGAGAAGCUCAAAGUUCAGAGUCAAAAACUUCCACCGAGGCAACCUGGUGUGGUUGCAGCUAUGUCCCUGUCAAGGUUGUAGCAUUAGAGCAAACACUUUAGCUCCUUGUGGUCUCAACAAUAAACUGUUAACACUUGUGAUGCAGUGCCAGAAGCCAGUGGCAGCUAUCUAAAAGAAAGGUGGACAGAGGUAAAUGAGGAGAGUUCAUAAACCUGAAGGGCAGUUGGGAUAGUACAUCGCGCUCUCCCACACGAGGGUAACUUCUCCUAUAAUCUGAUUGGAUGCAUUUUGUGUAUCUCUAGCUGGCUGCCAUAGAAAGUAGUUUUUACUACAGAUAAGGGUUUAUGCUUUUGAUCAAAGUGCAUGUGCACUGAAACAUUAUAUACGCAAAUCUGAGAUAGUCCAAUUCCAGCUUUCUCAUAGCUGGAACAGAGUGCCCAUCCUGGGAGUGAACUUAGUUGCCACAUUGCUGUUUCCUUUCGGAAGUUGACAGAGAAGCUGGUAAAUAGACCCUGCUGUUCCACUAAGUUUUGAAAAAACAAGAAAAAUGGUGCUGAUCUAUACUGCAGCAUGUCUGAUCAAUUCUGUCACCAACACGACAGGCAAAGGCAGAAAUCCAACAGCUGUUCUGGUAAAAUGAAAGUUCUCCACAACAUUGCAGAAGAGCUCCGUGUAGCUGAUUCUUGUUGCCCCUAUUUUUACCCAUCCUUUUUAUCAGGAGUUUGCCUGGCCUGGAAGGAAGAAGCAUGGAAAGCAUAUGUCCAUGUAUACACAAGAGGCUAGCAGUUGAUGCUUCUAGCCAUAAAACAUUUUCUUUGCUAUCUGUGUGACUCUACCUGUUGUCCUGGUGCUGUCACAGUCUGCAGCUCACAAAAACCUGGUUUUCCAACAGGGUUUAAGCACUGAAGCUGUUCAUUCCUUCUGUCCACUCCCACCCACACAGGCACUUAAUGCGGAUUGUAUGCGAGUAGUUUGGACUAUUGUAGUUGAUGUCCCAAAUAAGAAAGGUUGGCUCAUUGUUAUGAAACAAGUACUACUGUGCAAUAUGAACUCCACCCUUGUACUCGGUGCUAAGAGGAAAGACCCUGAAGCCAAAAUGGAACUAGGUACCCCACUAUCUGUGGCUGGAGGAGUCACCACAAUCUGUUUAGAUGUUUAAAAGCACAGAUACCCAAAAUUGUU